UACUGCAUGGAAAUGUAACGCCUAUUCAAAUAUUCGGAACAUCAGGCUGUGUCGGCGCCGGUACAAUGAGAGUUUUUACAAGACUACCCACAUUACUUGCGUGUAGAUUUGGGCGGUGUUAAUCAAAUCACUCCACGAGCUGACGUCAUAUUGUGGGGGUGUGGUUACACGAGGUGUUUCAGGCAGGUCUGGGUGACCAUUCGCUUUUAGAUAAAAUACAUCUUUUGUUCCGACACUUAAAUAUUUGCAAUUUCACGUGUCUAAUACAUGCAUGGGCAACUUAUUACACACAAAAGACAAAAGAAAAACACGCACUUUCUGCGAAUGACCCCUUUAACAUAACUAAAGACACAUAUCAUCAAUUCAGGGUUGGUAAAUAUAAAAGUGCAUUAGCGUCAAGCGCAAUAAAUAUAAGUGUGAAUCAUUGACAAGAUAUCACAACACAAUGCACAUGCUGCCAAAGACAUGGCUGAGAUUAGAUGUGAUCACUGCUUUCGAUGUGCUUCUGGGUUUUCUUCACAUGAUGUGUUUUAAGAGCUGAUUACGUUUAUUCUUUCACCAAAAUCAAAUACCAGACAUCCACGGGUCACCACAGUAUCUACACAGACCUAACGACAACCAUCUGUAAGUGUUUAUCCAGAGUGUGUGUUUUAUCUGCAAAUGCACACAAGUGUGAUGUCCAUCUGUUCAUUUCACCUUCACGUCCAUUAAAACACACGUGUUCAUUGUGUCUCGCUGCUUUUCCUUUCAUCUGUCAAGGGCCUAAAGAGCGCUUGUAUAUUUCACAUCACUCAGUGUACCAGCAGGAUUCAGUAUAUAUGAGCUGAGCUUCGGUUGCUCAGAAUUGAGACUUCUGGUGCUGAACUGAAAUCCGGCCUCAGGUGUGAUGGUUUUCAACACAAGUGCGCUUGACAUGACGGAGUGUGAGCAAACGGAGGCGUGGGAUUGGUUGUAUCUGAUGCAGCCGGCGUACAUGUCCGUCAUCUGUGUCCUGGGUCUCCUCGGCAACGCCUUCGUCCUCGGUGUCUUCUGCUUUCACCGGUGCACAUGCUCCGUGGCGGACAUCUACCUGGGUAACCUCGCAGCAGCGGAUUUCCUCCUGGCGUGCUGCCUGCCCUUCUGGGUGAUCACGGUCACGCGCCGCUUCAACUGGACCUUCGGAGAGCCAAUGUGCCGUCUGGUGAGCAUUGUCAUCGCCAUGAAUCACAACUGCAGCAUCAUGUUCCUCAGUCUGGUGAGUCUGGACCGUUACCUGGUGCUGACCCGGCCCGUGUCCGUGGCCCGGUUCCGUGCCGUCUGCCGAGCCAAGUUGGCGUGUCUGGUGAUUUGGGUGGCUUCCUUCCUCCUGAGUCUCCCGGCUCUGCUGUUCCGCUCUGUGAAGUUCUUCCCAGAGUUCGAUGCUGAAGCUUGUUUCAUCGAUUAUCCUCACGGCGCCUGGAGACUCCGCUACAACGUGACGGUGAUCCUGGUGGGGUUUCUCAUUCCCGUGCCGCUGGUGUCGUUCUGCAGUUAUCACAUCAUCCGUGUGCUGAAGGACACGCGGGUCAGGAGGAGUUCGUCUUUCAGGAGCGAGCGGAGGGCGGCGCUUCUGGUCCUCGUGGUUCUGGCCGUCUUUGUUCUGUGCUGGCUGCCGUAUCAUGUUUUUAUCUUUCUGGACACGCUGUAUUACUUUGGGGUUGUGUGUGGUUGCGUGUGGAUUGACGGUUUGGACAUAGGCAACCAGCUCUCCACAUACAUGGGUUACAGCAACAGCUCGCUGAAUCCCUUUCUGUAUGUGAUCGUGGGGAAACACUUCAGACAAAGAGCUCAAAGUGUGUUUGAGAGGAUGAUAAAGCGUCAACACAUCUCUCCUGUGAUGAUGAACUCAAACGAGCGCUGCACAGAGCUCACCAGAUUCUGA